AUGUCGGCAUCGUUUUGGAAGUUUAGCCAAGAUUACUCUACAGAGUCGCCGUUAACGGCCAUUCUUAACCGUGCAUUUAUCAAGGUAGAUAGCAAUGCUAGGGUAGAGAAAACGACUAGUAAGGGCAAGAAGGAUACGGGUGAAAACGAGGCGGAUAAUGAAACUGGGAGAGGGAAAGAAGAGCAGGAUGAAGAGGAAGAAGGGGCCGACAGUAGCGAAAAACAUCAAAAUGAGGUUUUAAGCGGGGAUGAGGAGGCUGUGGGCCUUAAUGGGGACCUCCCGGAGACAGAAUCAGAGUACAAAGAUUACAAACCAAACCUAGAUGUUUUAGAGGACCUUUUGGACGACGAGGAAUCGUAUACAGAACUUCUAUGUUCUAAUUUCAAGCUUAUGAUUUUUUUUAAAUACCCGGAGGUUUUAGACAGGCUAAUUGACUACGUGACAAAUGAGCGGCUUUUGAAAGAGACUGAUACUUCUCAAGAAGUCUCCGAUGUUCCACAUGUAGCAGAUGCCCAAGAAGAAUCUGAAAGUACUUCUAUUCCUACUGAUGGUAAAGUAAAGCACAAGAAUGGUGAAAAUGCUGGGGAUAGCAUUGAUUCAAAUCAGCAGGAAGAUUUGGACGCUAAUAAUGAUAACCGUUGUACGCUGCCGCAGGAAACCGCCGAACAGGCAGAAUCCAGAAGGGCUAGGAUGGCAGCCGAAAUAUUAUCUGCUGACGCUUGGCCUAUAUCGUCGGCUAUUAUUGAAAACCAAGAACUAUUAUCUAAGUUAUGGUCUAUGCUUGAUCAUAGUGCGCCACUUUCAAUAAUUUCGUCGUCAUACUUCAUGAAAAUCAACGAAAGGCUAUUAGAUAUGGUAAUUGCAGCCAUGAUUCGUUUUAUUUUGAAUCAGAACAACGUAGUUGAUAGAUUUCUGACACACAUAGAUAAUCCGCCGUUGAUGGACUUCUUAUUAAAAAUUGUCUCCACGGACAAGCCGGAUACCCCAACCAACAUAAUUGGGUUACUAAAGCAGCAGAAGUUAAUUCCGAAGUUACUGGAUCACUUGUCACCAAAGUACUCUUCCUCGGUGCAAUCAGCCGCCGGAGAUUUCUUAAAGGCCCUAGUUACCAUAAGUGCCAACUCAAAUAAUGAAAUUGCAUCAGCAAUUGGUCCUAAUGAACUUACUCGUGAAUUGGUUUCACCACCAAUGGUUGCUAAGUUAAUUGAUAUCAUGUUAGAGGGAGGAACUUCUUUAAGCAAUGGUGUGGGCAUUGUUAUCGAACUGAUUAGAAAAAACAACUCUGAUUAUGAUUUUAUUCAGGUGAUGUAUACCACAUUGAAGACUCACCCCCCAACUGAUAGAGAUCCUAUAUACCUCGGUCACCUGGUCAAAUGCUUUGCUGACAAUAUCCCAAAGUUUAACCGUAUAUUGGUUGAAACAAAGCUUCCUCAAUUAGAAACGCCUUUUGGUUCUAUUGAGCCUUUAGGUUUUGAGAGGUUUAAAAUUUGUGAGUUGAUAGCAGAAUUGCUACAUUGUUCUAAUAUGGGAUUGUUAAAUGAGCCCAAGGGAGAAGAAAUCGUACAUGCAAGGGAUGUAGAGAGAGAGCAUAAAUUAAGUUUGGAUAUGUAUGGCACUACAGAUGGCUCUGUGGAUCAAGAAGGACAAGAAUCUGCAGCUCAGGCACCAUCGGACGACGAAGGAUUAUCUGGUAGGAUCAAAGAUUUGCAUAUAGCUCCUAAUUCCGGUGCGAAUAGCACGGAUGAAAGCCCAUCUUCCGACUCUCAAAGUAUAGUCACUCCUCUUUGUCAAAUGGGCACAGAGGUAAAUUCUGAGGAAUCAUCCGAUAUUGAGCUCUCAGAACAGGCUAUACGUGAACAAAUGGUUAUCGGAGACAGGCUAAAGAUUGCUCUACAUGACAAUCGGAUCAUUUCCACAAUCCUUAAAAUGUUUUUCGACUUCCCAUGGAACAACUUUUUACAUAAUGUUGUUUUUGAUAUCGUUCAACAAAUUUUUAAUGGUCCUUUGAAGUCUGGUUACAAUAGAUUCCUCCUAGCAGAUUUAAUUUCAACGUCACGUAUUACAGAUGCUAUAAUGGAGGGUGAAAAGAAGUGCGAGGAUUACGAAAGAGAAACUGGGUUAAGGUUGGGCUACAUGGGUCAUUUAACGUUGAUAGCCGAAGAAGUUGCUAAAUUUGCUGCUUAUGUUGAAGAAAUGAAAAUUACGUUUAGUAAUAGCAUUAUUAUGGAGACCCUAAAUGAGCCAAAAUGGCGGGAAUACACCGAAGUCGUAUUAGCAGAAACCAGAGGCAAGUAUAGUACUGUCCUCGGUGAUUUUGUUGAAGAUGAUAAACGGGAAUACGGCAAGGUGAUUGAUAAAGAAGAACACGCUCAGUUCACUAACGGAAACGACAUCUAUCAUAACUCGUAUCUGGAACAUGAUGAUGAGAAUUAUGCUGAAUACAGCGAGAUGGACGGAAGUCGUUAUUACGAAUAUGAAGACGAAAGCGGUCAUACUACCAGGAUACAUCUAAAUCAACUUGAUAACGACGACAUGGAUGAUCUCGGCGCAUCAGACACUGUGAAUGAUAGUAAGUUUAGGAAUUACAUGUCCCACGAGCUCGCUAAAGAUUACACAGCAGGCAAUUUCUCGUCUGAUGAGGAGGAUGAUCUUGAGGGACCAGAAGAACAUGAUAGUCACUGGCCGCAGGACCCUAGCGCUAGCGAUCAUACCUCCGAGAAAGUCAGCGCCACUAACUUUAUGCCACAGGUUCCUAAUGAAUCAACUUCGCUUAUGAACCAGAGCAUCUUCAACCAUCGGCCGUUUGAGUUACAGGAGCACGAUGCUGCCGAUGAUGACUACAUGGAUCCCAACGACGACGGCCAAUCCUAUGUGAAAUCCCAUCACCCACUCUACUCCAACAUGCUAUCCAACUCCCAUUCAGAUAACCUCUAUUUUAAGAAAGAAGAUAGCAACGGCGAUGAUAGUGAGGAAAGUGAUGAGGAGCUCAUUAUGGUUGACGAGGCUGACGCUUACGAAGACGACAAUGGCCUCCAACAAAGCGGAAGCGAGUAUGCAUUAUGUCGAACAUCGAGUAAGGAUGAGCUUAAGUGGGAAUCUAAGAACGACUGA